CCCUAAUCCUCUUAUCCGGCAACAGGGGAUCUAGUGUAGCGAGAGAGAUGUCGUUGACGAACUCGUGGGCCGCGGCAGCGCCGCCGCCUCCGGGACCUCUUCUCCGUCCUCCGAAACUCGAACCGUCAUCGGGGGAGCUGCGCUUCCUUAGCCUCGCCGCCCCGUCUCCCCGGCGCCCCGCCCUGAGGAGAAACCGUGGCCCUCCCGCCCUCUCUUGUCAGCGCGGCGACUUUGCCUCCAACAACACCACCAGCGGCGGCGGCGGUGGAAUCUGCUCCGAUUGGGAUUGGAACCGUUGGAACCAACAUUUCUCCGAGACCGACCAGGCCGAGAGCUUUUCCUCUCUUCUCAAGUUUCAACUUGAAGAAGCUGUUGAAAGGGAAGAUUUUCUGGAAGCUGCCAAAUUGAAAGCAGCUAUUGCAGAAGCAACAUCAAAGGACACUGUUGCAGAAGUUAUGUCUGAGUUGAAGUAUGCUAUAGAAGAAGAGCGUUAUCAUGAUGCAUCAAGAUUAUGUAUGCUUUCUGGGAGUGGACUGGUUGGUUGGUGGGCAGGCUGGGCAAAGGAUUCUGGUGAUCCUUUUGGCAGAAUAGUCAGGAUAACCCCUGCUGUUGGAAGAUACAUAGCCAAGAGUUACAGUCCAAGGCAACUGCUAAGUGGAUCUUCAGGAACACCAUUAUUUGAAAUAUUUCUUGUCAAAGAUGAUGAUGGUAAAUUUUUAACACAGGUAGUAGCACUGCAGCCAGUUAAAGAAACUUCAACCUUGUCUACUUCAUCACCGUCGAGAGGCAUAGAUGACACACCCAUAUCACCUUCUCUGAAAUCAUCCAUCAAAGUUAGUCCAACUACUGAUGAGGUUGGAAGUGAAAGUAGCAAAGAUUCAGAAGAAGAAAACAAAAAGGAUGCAGCUAAGAUCAGGAAUGUAGAUAAUGUCAUUAAUAAGGAUUCUGAUGAAGAAGGGCUGAAGAGCAUUAUAAAUUUUUUCAAGGAAAGAAUUCCUGGUUUCAAUGUUAAUUUAGCAAACAACUCUGUCCAAGAGGAAAUUAAGAUGGAUGCAGAAUCGUCAGAGCAGUUGGUGCAGGAAGAUGAUGAGAAGGAUGGGUCUCCUGAAUAUUCCAUUAAUGAUGACAGUAAAUCAGAAAAUAGUCAGGGAGAGAUGCUUCCCGAUGGUGAGGAUGCUGACUUAGCCAAUAAAAGUAAAGAUAUGGCUGUGAAGCUUUUUGUUGGUGGAGUUCUUCAUAACAAAGAUGAUUCCAUGACAAAGUCAUAUAAACGUAUUCCUGCAGAAAUGAAAGAUGUGGAGAAGGGCUCAUUCACAUUGUAUCUUCUUGGGCAAAGUUCUGAUCCACAUAUUGUAGAAAGAAAGCCUGAAAAAAUCAGGGUUGCUGCUGUUGCUACUCAAUCAGCCUCAGAUCUUAUGCCUCCCGAUGUUGCAAAUGCAUUCUUCAGUUCGGACAAAGCAAUUUCAAAGGUCUCUGAAGAAGUUCGUGAGGUUAUCAAGCUUGCAAUUAGCCACGCUCAGAGAAGAAAUAAACUUUCAAAAACUACUGUUUUUAAUCGAAUCAUUACUGACAAUAAAAGCUUGGAUCCUUUUGAUGGCUUGUAUGUGGGUGCUUUUGGUCCCUAUGGUGUUGAGGUGGUACAGAUACAGCGCAAAUAUGGUCAUUGGAAUGGUACUGAUGAAUUGGGUUCUGACAUAGAGUUCUUUGAGUAUGUUGAAGCAGUAAAAUUGACUGGGGAUCUAAAUGUUCCAGCUGGCCAGGUGACUUUUCGUGCUAAAAUUGGGAAGGGAAAUCGUCGAUCCAAUCGUGGGAUGUAUCCAGAGGAGCUUGGUGUGGUUGCAAGUUACAAAGGCCAGGGUAGAAUAGCAGAACCUGGUUUUAAAAAUCCACAGUGGGUUGAUGGAGAAUUGCUUCAGUUUAAUGGCAAGGGUUUGGGGCCAUACGUCCGAGGCACAGAGCUUGGUUUUCUCUAUGUUGUACCCGAGCAGAAAUUUCUGGUCUUGUUUGAGCGGUUGAAACUCCCCGAUUAAUGCUAUCAUGCAGAUCGAAAUUUGCAUCCAGAUAUAAGCAAGACUCCUCCGGAACGGCUUCAGUAAACUGGCUUUUGAUCGAUAAAGGUUUUUAUCUCAUUCUACAUGCCAGGAAAUGGUUGUUCAUAUGUCAGCUAAUAUGAUUAGCUCCUGAUGUUGUGUUCUAGUUCCAAGUGAGGAUCUGAUAGAAAGGCUGUUCUAGUUCCCAAGAAGAUCUGAUGGAAAGGUUUUCUUUCCUAUAGAUUCUUUUCUUGUCGUACACAAGGCAUGUAAUUUUUUUGUUUUAUGUUUCCUAAAUAUGUUGAUAAUGUUUUCACUUCA